UUAUGACUCUUCAGUAGCAUCGGAAGCAGCGGGGAUUUGACGGGACGCGGUGGUUUUUCGGUAAGGGCGUCCCGUCAUGAGUGCGUGAUGUGAGGCAGGGGCGGGCUGUUCUCUCAGUCAUGACUGUGUUCGCUCCACAGCAGGAUGUACUGAUCAACUCCUGCAAAAUGACUCUUGGAGACGUUUAACGGAGCAGAAGAUGGACAACAGCACCGCGACGCGCAGGAUGGAGCCCACCAUCCCGGCCAUCAUGUUCAUCUUUGGAGUCAUCAGCAACCUGAUCGCCAUCGUGGUGCUCUGCAAGUCCAGGAGGGAGCAGAAGGAGACCACCUUCUACACGCUGGUCUGCGGUCUGGCGGUCACGGAUCUCCUGGGAACCGUCCUCGCCAGUCCGGUGACCAUCGCCACUUAUGUGAAAGGCGCGUGGCCGGAUGGAGACCCCCUGUGCCAAUACUUCGGCUUCGUUCUGCUCUUCUUCUCCCUCGCGGGACUGAGCAUCAUCUGCGCCAUGUCCGUCGAGAGAUACAUCGCCAUCAAUCACGCGUACUUCUACAACGACCACGUGGAUCAGAAGCUCGCGGGAGUCACGUUGCUGGCUAUUUACGCGUCUAACAUACUGUUCUGCGCGCUCCCGAGCGCGGGGUUUGGAGAGGUGAAGAUGCAGUACCCUCAAACCUGGUGCUUCAUCGACUGGCGGACCAACGUGAGCACGCACGCCGCGUUUUCCUUCAUGUACGCGGGCUGCAGCUCGCUGCUGAUCCUGGUGACGGUGGUCUGUAACGUGCUGGUGUGCGCCGCGCUCAUCCGGAUGCACCGGGGGUUCAUCAGGCGCACGUCGCUCGGCACAGACCCGGGCAGAGCGUCUGAUCCCGGCAGGAGCCGCAGCUUCAGCCGCCUCGCUGGCGCGGAGAUCCAGAUGGUCAUUCUGCUCAUCGCCACCUCCGCCGUCGUCCUCAUCUGCUCCAUUCCGCUCGUUGUCCAGGUGUUUCUCAACCAACUUUAUAAGACGCCUGUCGAAAAACGUCUGGAUAAAAAUCCAGAUCUGCUGGCGAUCCGGUUUGCCUCGACCAACCCCAUUCUAGAUCCCUGGAUCUACAUCCUGCUGCGUAAAGCGGUUCUCUCAAAGGUAGUCGAGAACAUCAAGUGUCUCUUCUGUAAGAUUGGCUCUCAGAUGCCGCAGGGACAGAACAGUUUCCACUGCAUGGACGGAGCACAGGUGUCCUCCAUCAUCUCCAGAGACUCUCCGUCUGCCGUGUCUCGAGAGCUGGAGGCGAUGAAUACCUCGCACACGUUUCUAUAUCCACCUGAGAGCUGCCUGGACACCUGUCAAUCAAACCAGUGUGGGCGGAGCUUAUCUGACGCUUCUUCUGAAUCCUCCAAUCGGAACAGUUUAGACAGUCGGUCGAAAGAUCAACCCUUACAAGUGACUAUAACCAAUGAGACGUUUCAAGAGAAGAGCAUUUAACACGCAAGGACACGCUUCUCCGGUAAAACCUUCUGCACUUUGAGCGAGAGUUGAUUUCAGAUCAGUGGAGUGAAAUGUAAAUGUUAUUAAAGAAAUAGUUCACUUGUGGAAA